GCCUCAGUUUCCCAUGAUUCUAAAGCGUGAGAGAGAACCACUCAUUACCGAGCAGCAACAAACCAACAGAGGCAACAUGACAGACAAGAAACACACCGUAGACCUGGGCUUGCUGGAGGAGGACGAUGAGUUUGAAGAAUUCCCAGCUGAGGAUUGGACGGGGCUAGAUGAAGAUGAAGAUGCUCAUGUUUGGGAAGACAACUGGGACGACGACAAUGUAGAGGAUGACUUCUCAAACCAGCUAAGAGCGGAGCUGGAGAAACAUGGUUACAAGAUGGAGACGUCCUAGUGGCUCGCACCGUUCGCUCCUCAGUGACGUUGUACAUGGACGUUUAUAUUUAUCGCUCGCUGACCAUUUGCCACCAGAAACCUUUCUAAUCUGUUUCAUUCUUUUCUAAUAAAAACUGAUGAUGUUUGGGGUAAAUAAAUGCA